GUAGCGCGUUCCUGCCCUUCCAAACAUCUUUGCAUCAUCGCGUAUACAACUGGAAAUAUACAUAUUUUUUUUGUGUGUGCAUCAGUUUCAUCGCUAGGGGAAUCAUGGACAAUACGGCACCGUGGGUCAACGACACGAGCGAUGUGCCAGAUUUGGUGACCAACGAUUACGAAAUUCCUUUAUUGGGAGCAUUCCUCUUCUAUUUUGUCCAGUGUUUGUACGGCACCGUCUUUGUUGUCGGGCUGUUGGGUAACACGCUCGUUAUCUACGUCGUUCUCCGUUACACCAAAAUGCAGACGGUCACCAAUUUGUACAUUUUAAAUUUGGCCGUGGCCGAUGAAUGUUUCCUGAUUGGGAUACCUUUCAUUAUGACCACAAUGGGAUUAGGAUACUGGCCUUUCGGUAACGUCAUGUGCAAGAUUUACAUGACGACCACGUCAGUCAACCAGUUCACCAGCUCUUUGCUGUUAACGGUGAUGAGUGCCGACCGCUACAUAGCCGUUUGUCAUCCCAUUGAUUCAUCCACAUUCCGGACGCCCUUCAUCGCUAAAGUGGUAUCAAUGACGACUUGGGGCAUAUCGUUCCUCAUGAUUGUGCCAAUAUUCCUGUACGCCCACACUCAGCAAGUGCAUUCGGAUUGGGCCGUCGGCAGCCUCAAUGAUUCUCGUGUAAUUGACACUCUGUAUUGGUCUAAUGGCUCGGCCACUACGAUCGCUUCAUGGAUGAAAAAUCACACGAGGGUCACGUCGUCUUUGGCCGUCGAAAAUGGUGCUGAAGAUGCACUCGAUGCCCACAUGACCAGCCCUAUAGUUAGCUGUAAUAUUUACUGGCCUGAAAACGAGUACAUGAACGGACAGGCCGCUUUCACGCUCUACACGUUCACGUUAGCGUUCGCCAUUCCACUCAUCCUCAUCUUGGUGUUUUACAUCUUAGUCAUUAGAAAAUUAAAGACGGUCGGACCGACGAACAAGUCAAAAGAAAAGCGGCGAUCCCAUCGCAAAGUGACUCGACUAGUCCUCACUGUCGUCACGGUCUACGUUCUCUGUUGGUUACCUUAUUGGGUUUCGCAGGUGUCGCUGAUUUUCACGCCCCCGAAAGCGUCACAGUCGCCCUACAUUGUGGCUGUUUUCUUGCUGGCCGGUUGCCUAGGCUACUCCAAUUCAGCCGUCAAUCCAAUACUUUACGCUUUUUUGUCAGACAACUUUAAAAAGAGCUUUAUGAAGGCUUGUACGUGCGCCGAACGGAGGGAAGUCAACAAAGCGCUGACGGGCGAGAACAGCGUCUUCACACGACGCGGACGCAACUCUGAACGCGGAUUUGGCCAUAACGAUUCGCGUUCGCGAAUUCCACCAAUGUCUGGGAAUGUGGGUCGUUCGAUCGCCCCACAGGAAACAUUCGAGUUAUCGAAUCCCGUGCUCGCGACGAUCCAACAAGAAAUUUGCGCCUCUUCGACCAUCGUCGUCAACCGAACCGAUGACGACGGAUGUGACAGCAGCGCCGGCGAUGAUGUACAGAUCGUCAUCAAGGGCUCCAUCAAGUUGGACGGGCCUUUCACCAAAAGCCAAAACUCGACCAAAUCCGAUGGUAAACAAGGAACGAUCGCUUCGUCUCGAACAGUUGAUUCAGUCGUUUCCUGCCAACAUAACGUCCGAGUUAACGGAUCAAGUCACGUUCUGCACAGCGACCUCUAACACGAAGAAUCUGCAAAAGCCAACGCGCGAUUAAAUUUAUUCUUUGGUUCUUUUUUUCAUCUUAGUUUAGCAUCCGUUUCACUGCAAAUGAUCAGCAAUGUAAAAUUAACAUAGCGAUAUGUCCCACAGUUUUCUAAACAAAUUUCGGGUAGCAUGUCCGACCAAACGUUUCCUUGUAUCACUCUUGACAUUCGAAAUAAUUCGCUUCAAUCGUUCAUCUGUAAAUUGUAUCUAACUUAUGUAACAUCACUUGCUACGCAUGUCGAGUCGGUUUCAUUUGGUCACGCCGACUGUAAAUAUCUCACGUCUUCUCUUACCAUCGCUACUUAUUUACCUGUUUUAUGGUUAUUGAUCUUCUGUUUGCCUCAUUAAACAAGCCCGCUUGAUUACUUCAUUCGUUUCCCCACACACGUUGUUCAUCAUCAACGGAUUUAUCGACAACCACGACAUUUUGAUGAUAUAAACUGAGUCCAUGUCGUGAUUGCCGAGAAACCAAUCAUUGCAACUGCUACGGAAAUGAAUGGAACCCUCCACCAUUUCCUACAGUUUAUUACAGCCAAAGCACAAACACUUUUCAAAAAAGCACUCGACGUCCGAUGGCCUCCGUUUAAACUAGUCGAACGCGCAGCGUGUACGUCACAACUGAGCCCGUAACUGUACACGCAUGCAGUUGAUCUCGCGGUUAUCGGCGUCCCUCCGUGCGGCUAUCCAACAACUAUUUCUUUCAAUCGUGUGCUCGUCGGGUACUUCUUUAUUUACGUGCGACAACAGUAUACGUACAAAUAAAUAGUCCUCCCAUUUGUCGAACGUUUCCCUAUUGCACUUUUGUGUGUGCGUUGUUAAUGUUUGUUUUGUUUUUUUCAUGUUUCAUUUUCGGCUACGAUGAUAGCCCUGUU